AUGCAACAGCAAAACCGCACAGAAAUUGUACAGGACAUCACAAAUGCCGUGAAACUGGAGCAGGAGCUUCGGCUUAUACAUGAGCAACAUGGGGUGGCGGUACUAGAUGUGUACAGUUCCGAGUGGGGACUUAGCAAGGCGCUGUCUGAGACCUUUAGGCGCUUGCAAAUGGACGCUUCUGAUCAGGCGUAUCUUCGUUUUCUCUCCGUGGAGUGCAACUCCAUUCUCGAGAGCAUUGACCAGACAGAGGAGCACCAUCAGCACAUGAAAACAGAUGACAAGGUAAAGUUUCGAGAAUCCUUGGCACCGUUCUGGAAGGAUAUCCUUGAGAGCCGGCGCGGAAAAUCGAAGUCUUACUUUGUAUUUUUUAAAGAAGGCAGGAAACGUACCUCUAUAGAGGGCAUUAACACACCCAAGAUAAUCAAUUACGUUAUUGAGCUGUGCCGCUCCCAAAAACCCGCCAAGGAGUGCACGGAAAGCAAGCCAUUGCUUGACUUUUGGGGGCGUUACUUUGGUGAAGGGGAGUCUGAAGUCUUCUGGGAGUCCUUUAUGCGUGCCAUACUUGAGCACGUCGGGACGGCCAGGCCUCUCUCUGCUAAAGAGGAGAGUACUCUUGCGGAGGUUAUCGGUGUUGAUGGUGAUAAAGUAAGCGUCAGUGCACUCGACAAGUGGACUGCCGGUCAGGCGAUAGAGACGGCUUUUAUCAACGUCUUCCCUUUCUUGAGCAAGAGCGAAGAAACACCCGCUGAUAGCGGCAAACGCAAGGCGUCUGGGGACCAGCCCGCAGACGACACCGCACUAACUGGGAGCUUCGUCAAUGUGCUCAGUUCCCACUGCGAUGCCCGUACAGAAUGGAAACCGGAGAUAUGGCAUCGAGUCUUGGCAAUACAGCCGGAUGGCUCGGGUAACAGCCGGUUCGUUCUCAUGUCAUGUGAGGAGGCGGAGAAGGAUGCGGAGGACGCUCUGGCUCUUGUCGCCGAUUUACCCACUGUGGAAGCUUAUCUGAGCGGUUGCAACGUCGCUGCGGAAAAUAUUCACAUUAUGUGUCACGCUGCGGCAGAGAAAUAUCCGUCUGGAAGCAUUGCUUACGCUAAACUGGCUCAACUCCUGAUAUCAUGCAACGGUGACAAACUUGAGGAACUUACUGGAGUGCGGCAGGAAUUGGCGGAUGAGUUGGCAGGGGGUACGCUACUCAAAAACUACCCCACACUCGCAUAUACAGUCAUCUGCCACUGCACGUCAGAAGUGACUGACGCUAAACCGUUUUAUUAUUGUUGUGAUGAGGCCGGCCAAGUGAACCAGAUCGAGAACGCCAAGGAAGGAGGCCAAGUUGUUUUACCGCCUCUCAGCCGACUCUCUUCGAGUGGAGAAACGGAGGCUGCCUUUAAGGUGGAGAUUUGUGGGAUUCCCAACGUGAUCCAACUUGAAGAAACGGGCGAAAAUGGAGUGUUCACUGUUUUAACCCCGUGGUUCACGAAAUUCAACGUGAAAGAGGCGUCAGAUAAUCAUCUUGUGCUGGAGUUUGUUGAGAAUGUUGGGGAUGAACAAUUCAGGCAAGUACUCGAACCAUACGCUAAACGAAUCUGCGAAGAUGAAGAUAAACUGUCCGCCUCAGCCGACAUAAUUGCCCUCUACGAACGUUCCCUCGGACUGGGACAUGAGCUGUCCCUGCCAUCCGUUGCAACUCAAAACAACUUUGGUGGCUCAGGGGCACCUCCUUCCGCCUCUUCAGUUGGGCGUAUGAGAAGUACCAGUGGUGUUGAGGCUCCAAAGGGUGAACACGCUGAGGGCGCCCCCGGUGGUAGCGCCUCGCGUUUGCACGAGGGUUCCACAAGCCAACACUCCCGUUCUGCAGUUGAGAAUGGGGCUGGUGGAGAAGGUGACGUUGAGGUUGAGGAGGGGCAAGUCACAGAACCUCCUAUUGCGCAAGACACUGUCGCUGCUGAGGACGCUGUUGCCGAUGGAGGUGCCAAUGCGGAUGAGGAAGGCGCCGCACAGGAGGUUGCCAAUGAAGAAUAUGCCGAUGAACAGUUUGGGGACGAGCAGUCAUGUGAGGCGGGGAAACCAUCUGAUACGGAGGAUGCGAAUGAGAAAACGAGCGAAGCAGCAAAAGAAGAAGAUGCUGAGGAGAUUGGCAGUAAACAAGCCAGUGAAGCAGCAAAAGAUCCAGAUACCGGGGAUAUUGAAGGCAACGAGGCGAGUGGUGCGGCAAAAGAGGCGGAGACUGAGGAGAUUGGCAGUAAACAGAUAAGCGAAACAGCAAAAGAGGCGGACACUGAGGAGAUUGACAGUGAAUGGACAAGUGAAGCGCGGAAGCCAUCUGAUACAGAGGAUGCGAAUGAGAAAACGAGCGAAGCAGCAAAAGAUCCAGACAACGAUGACACGGAGAGUAAACAAACCAGUGAAGCAGCAAAAGUAGAUGCUGAGGAGAUUGGCAGUGACCAAGCCAGUGAAGCGAUGAAAAGGUCUGGUACAGAAGGUGCGAGUGAGAGAACAAGCGAAGCAGCAAAAGAUCCAGACACCGAGGACACGGAGAGUAAGCAAACCAGUGAAGCAGCAAAAGUAGAUGCUGAGGAGAUUGGCAGUGACCAAGCCAGUGAAGCGAUGAAAAGGUCAGGAACUGAGGAUAUCAGUGGGCGAGGCAGUGAAGGAAGCAGGGAUUGA